AUGGUUCGUAUGUUUGUUGAAAUGGAUAUCGACGGCGAUGUAAAUGGCUCAUUAUCGCAAGCUCUUUCAUGUAUGGCAACUAGCGAUCAUGAAGUGCUUAUAAAGCAGUUCCAACAAGUUCUUGGUGACAAUCACACUCUCUCAGCAGAAGCAUGCGCUUUUUUCCUUGAUAUGAAUAGCUGGAAUUUGCAAGCAGCUCUGGGAGCUUAUUAUGAUUAUGGCAGUGCGAACGGUACAGGUUCGCCACCUCCUGAGUACAUAACGCAGUUACCUUCGAUGCAAUUUGUCCAAGAUAUCACAAUAGGCGAGGGCGAAAGCGUUCCACCUUCUACACGUUUUAUAAAAACUUGGCGAGUGCGCAAUUCCGGAAAUGAGUGGUGGCCUAAUGGUUGUUUUUUGUGCUAUAUGGAAGGUCAUAAAUUGUCGGAUACCACUAAAUCCUGGAUUCAGCCUUUAGCUCCAGGAAAGGAAGCUAAUGUCAGCAUUGAAAUGGUUAGCCCCUUGGAGAGGGGAAUUUAUCAAAGCAGGUGGCAGCUGAAUACUAAUUCCGGGAUUCCAUUUGGCGAGUCUAUUUGGUGCAUCAUAACUGUCGAUGAUGUGGGGAUUUUGGGCAUCACACAGCAAUUAGCUUCUGCUCCACUAGGCUCAUCUGCUUCUCCACGAAGUCAGAAUAUGAAUCCCUUCGGUGGAGUUCUUCCAUUUAACUACGCUCUUCAGAAUUCUACAGAACAACCGGAACGUAUUGAAAAUAACGUGAACGAAAGUUGUGAUAUGCCUUUUAAUCAAGAUGGAAAUUCAUCACUAUAUAACGCCGUUGUUAGUCGGCUGCCACGGGUUUGGUCAGUUAACAGUUGUCAAUUUCCGAAUGCUAUAAGUGAGCCUAUUGAUAUAUCCCAUAUCGAGGAAGCUCCAGACGUGCCUCCCUGUACACCAUGUACACCUCCACAGUGA